UGGUUUAGUUUUGACAGACUUCGACAUCCGUCAAGAUUCAAGUCCUUCUCCUAAACUCCGCAGACUACAUCUCUUUUCAAACCAAGAUGAUGAAGUUGGUUCUAUUCGCUGCUCUUCUGACCGUGGCCGCCGCCAUGUAUUGGGAAAGUCUUGGUCAAAGGACUUACUACGGCUAUCAACCAGACAGAUAUGGAUAUGGUUAUAAACCAGACGACUAUGGCACCAACAGCGGAUAUCGCAGUUACGGCUACAACAGCUAUGCAGGGGUAGGGUAUAACUACAACAGAAGGAACGGAUACACUGGAUACGUACCAAGGCCUUAUAACCUAAUGCACUGAAAAUGCACCUGUCCUUCACUCUGCAGCGUUCAGCGAAGGAUAUGACGACACCAGCCGUGUGAUUUGUGCUUUACAAUUGCUCUCACAUAUACUACCAAAUGCUUGGAAGAAUUUUUCCGAGUGAAUUGACUGAUGCAAUUUCGAAACUUAGUCUGGACCAAUUUAUCUUCAAAGUUUUUGUCAUUGCCUAAGAAAUAAAGCAUAAAACCUGCCCCAAA